AUGGCUGACUCCGGCGCGGCGCCGGCCAACCCGGCUGUCGACAAACCCUCCGUCCCUCCCAACCCUUCCACGUCGCCGCAGAAGCACCCCAGCCCGGCAAUCCCCCUAGGCCUGCAAGAAGCUGCCCUCGACUCCCCGACCUUCCGAUGCGUCGCCGUCCAUUUUGCCGAGCAGGUCGAGCAGGUCGAGCGAUGGCUCGACGGCUACAUGAAGUCAUGCUCGAAGGUCGUCCACGACAUCCUCGCCCUCGAGGAGACCAUCCAAGGCUUCCUGGGCAAGACCAUGCCGCCCCUGGCCGUCACGACCGAUGGCCCCAUCGACCCAGACUACACGAUGCUCGCGCUGAGGAGGAGCAGCGACGGCCAGCGGGAAUGGUGGAGCCAGAUACUGGCGGUAAUGCGCCGCAUGGAUAACCUGACCGUGGAGCCAGUCCGCUCAUUCCUGAUCGGGGAGCUGAAGACAUUCAAGGAGACGAGGAGGACGCUGGAGACUACACAGAAGGUGUUUGAUACCACGCUGGCACGCUACGUGGCGCAGAGCAAGGCAAAGGAGCCGUCUUCGUUGCGUGAGGAUGCCUUUGCCGUCUACGAGACCCGCAAGGCGUACCUCAAGGCGUCAAUGGACUUUUGCCAGCUUGCGCCGCAGAUCCGCUUCUCCCUCGACAAGUUGCUUGAGAUGGACCGCGUCAGAGGAUGGUCGAAGGAGAUGGAGGCCAGCGAGGCCCUGUUCAAGCGCGAGCUGCAGGCCGCUAGGAGGGACGUCGGCGAAAACGCGGUGGCCUCGUUCAAGCCCUCUCGCGAACUGGAAGACUACAACAUAUCAACGGUUGCCUUUCUCGGCUCUAGGGGUCCCGUGAACGUCCAGGGUGUUCUCCAAGGCGACGAGAUCGGCGUGCUUCUUUGCGGCGCUCGCCCUGCGGUCUCAGAGGAACGGCGCUUCUGCUUCGAGGUCAAGACCAAGUCUCAAAACAUAAUGCUACAGGCCGAGACCCAGGCGGAACUGGAGCAAUGGAUCGAGGUCUUCGAGAUCGCCAAGAAGCAGGCAUUUGAUGCGAGUGUGGCCAGAGAUGCCAGCACACUGCCCGGGGGUAUUGACCCCGCCUUCGCCAUCACUCCGCCUACCAUCCCCGAGUUCUCGGCCAAGUCUCUGGAGGGAUUUGAAGACGGCACGGAGAGAUCCGCCACGCUGCCAGUGCCUGGCAAUGAUGGAUCAGCGACACGGUCUUCGUUUGAAGUAGGCGCCGCGCCGCGCCGCUCCGUCACAGGCCUGGCACGGGACAUUGCUAGAGACCUCCCACGUGAGGAGGGCGAAAGUGGCAGAGAGCAUGCUGCACGCAUCAUGCAGAGGUUGGAACUGCACCGAAAGUUACCCCUUGCGCGUGGCGAGUCAUCAGGCAUAGCCGGCCUGAUUUCUGCCAGUUCCAACCUCCUGCCUGGAUAUGCUGCCUACAAUCAAUCUGUAACAAACCUCGGUCGCUCUCUGCCAGCCUUACAACCUAUAAGCGAAAUGAAUGGUAGCAGCCUCGCGCCUCCCACGCUAGCCAAAGCCCCUACAGCGACGUCUCUCAGCAAGACAGCCCUGUCCGUGAGCGCUGAACGGUCCGUCACCUCGGACAGCAACAGCAGCCUGAGCUUGCCAACGGCUGUGGUUGCCAAUUACUGGGGCAGCAUCCCCUGGAGUACACUGUACCCGCCCAGGGAGGACGACACGACGCACCUUAGACUGGACGACGAUCCACUGCUCUCAGCGAACGCGCAGACACUUCCUGCUAGUGAAGCCACCUCGAAUCAGGGCAGCCAUGCGCCCUCGACUCUCCAUCGGAAGACUCUGAGCGCCGGAGGUAACGCCUCCGACUUCAGAGUCUUGGAGAAGCCAACCGGCGAGACAUUCCCACAGAAAUACCCGGUCGAGCUCAAGGCACAUCAUCCACAGUUCAGACUAUUAUUUCCCAAUGUGUCGCUCGACGAGAAGUUGGUGAUGGUAUUCAAUGCUGCCUGGACGAGCACUUCGGUCGAGGGAUCUGCUAGCAACCAUGGCAUUAUGGGCAAUGGCCGCAUCUAUGUCACUUCGGACAACAUGUACUUCUAUGGUCACCAGAUGGGCUUAGUGGUCACUUACACCCUCAGUUUGGACAUCAUCUCAGAGGUUACGGCGGCUCCGGGCAGGGACUGCGACUUCUUAUUCCUGCACCUCAGCCACAAGAUGAGUACGGACGGAUUGACCCGCAUCACCAUCAAGACAUUCCUGAUGGAUCUGGGACUCCUUCAUUCCCGGCUGAAUCUCCUUAUUGAUGAUCUUCAGGCUGAGGAGCCAAUGGAAGUCCCGGAGGUCAUAGCUGCGCUCUUGAACCUGGAGAGCGACGAGUACGAGAAGAAAAGCCCCAGUGCGGAGAGUUGGGAAGAGGUUUCCCCGAACACCCCGAUCGAUGAUGGCACUGCCUCGGGCAGACCGGUCUUUAAGGGUGGCUAUGGUGCCAGAGAUAGGUCAUCAAGACAGGUGCGGAAACCGGUUCCCAAAUUCCAGCUCCCAGUGCACCCAGUUGUGUACGAGCCUGAGGGUAUGGGUGAAGCGGUCGAAGAGCGCCACUUUGAGAUCAGCGCAAAGGCAUGCUUCCACGUACUAUUUGGCGACAAGUCAUUCAUCUUCCCCAAACUCUACUUCGAGCGGCGCGCCAAGGAGAUCGCCCAGGGGCCGUGGCAACUCAUUGAUCAUGGCAAGAUGAAGCGAGAUUUCAAGUUCAAGGUCGAUUCGGUCGGCUUCAUGGGCCGGGCCAAACACGGCGAGGAUGUGGCCGACUUCCAGCUCAUUGACGUGUUCAGCGACCACAUCACCUACCUGGUCACACACGUCAAAACACCCUGGCAUCUUCCUCAUUCGCAUGCGUUCAAGCUGAUCACCAAGGUCGUCAUCACGCACGUCGCCAAGUCCAAGUGCAAGCUUGCUCUGUACACCAAGGUGGAGUGGUCUAAAACGCCACCUCUGUCCAAGGCCCUCGUGCAGCGACAGGCUCUCGAGGAUGCACGGCGCGACGCGGAAGAACUGGCGGAAGUGGCGACAGACCAGGUGCGCAAACUGGGCCCGCACAGCCGCACGAAGAGGGCGAUCCAGGUGUAUGGCAACAUUGGGGGGCAGCAGCAGGUGGUCGUGUUCACCCCUGGGGAAGCAUCGCAGACAAGCGAGGCGGGGCUGAAGAAGAGCUCACAGAUGAUCCAGCCUCGAACAUUGACGGAAAUGAUGUUCGAGACGGUGAGAAGUUUCAUGGAGAGCGUCGCAACGAGCCUGCUGAUGUGGACUUUUGCGGGCGUGCAAAAGAUCUUCAGCGUUGUGACCGCGCACCGGGUGAUAUUGGCUGUGCUGGCUCUGAGCGUCCUCACGAACCUUGCCUUCACGGGCCGCGAGGGGUCGACAUGGUGGACGGAAAGGAGCGCGGCGAAGUUCAUGGGGCGGAUGGGUGUUGGUCCCAACGUUAUGAUGAGCAAGGCCGUCUACAUUGCGGAUCUUGACGAGGCAGCGCUGUCUUCGGUGGUUGCGGCUCCUGGGGGGGACAGCGAAUGUUACAAUACAUUCCGCCAGAUCCUAAACACGACGUCCCUCGACUCGUCGUACGAAGAGGCCGGCGCAGUCCUGACCUCGACCACCAGCAGGGCCACGGCCCGCCAACUACGGCGCACCCGCCAGCGACUCGGGUCGUACCGCCACGACCUGCUUGUCGCGAUGCGGGUUGUGAACAAGAUCGAGAAGGAGAUGAUCCAGAGCGAGUGGGAGAACUGGCUCGCGGACGAGAACCUGCGGUGUGACCAGGUCAAGAUGAUGCUGUAUGAGAAGGGGAGCACCAGCAGCAGCGGCAGCAGCAGCAAAGCGACACCUAGCGCUGCGGGCGUCGGUGCUGGCGGGCAGAAAGUCAUGCGGCCCAUCGAUGAGAAGAGAGUCGAGGCCCUUACGCAGUGGCACGCCGAGUACUGCGGGAGCUGCAAGCUGGAGAAGGACAUGGCGCUUGCGAAGAGGAUGAAGAUGGUUGACGUGUAA